GCAAGCUGUCAGUAUUAUUCUGUCUAUUAUUUCCUCCGUUUUUGGCCUAACUGAUCCAUCGAUGCUUGAUGCACUCAGCGCAUUAGAAAGAGUGAUAAACUAUUACAAAAUAAAUUACAAAGUUGCCAAUUUAGAUGGUAUAUUUGGACUAAAAAUUGUUGAAGGGCAGUUGUCUUCGAUUUUAGAUAAUUAUUCUGAUGGUCACUUUCCCCAUCUGAGUUCAGAGUUAGUCAGCAGGAUCAAGAAGAUAAAGCAUGACGCAGAGGAUGCAAGCAUCGGUGCCAUUCCAUUCCUUAAAAAGUUGGAACCGGAAUACUACAAACAGAUGUAUUUUGUGAUUGAGUCUCCGUGGUAUUCAUGGAAAUCAGCAAGGAAGCUCAACCGUGCUCUUAAGUGGGAAAAGGAUAAGCUUGACAGCAUCGUCCGUGACAUUGAUGAACGAACUAGUGAUCGUUGCAUGACGGAGUUGUACUCUGGAAGACAGAAGUCAUGUCCACUCACAAGCAGCUGUCUGGCCAUCAUGAUAGGAGUGCGAGGACUCACUGGCUAUGCCAUCACUCAUCAGCUCUUAUAUACGCAGAUGGCGGAACAGGUUGGUUGUGCUCCACGUCUCAAUCUUUGGUUGGAAGAACAUAAUCGGCCGGGUGGCAUACAGCAAAUACAGCUGGAGUUGUGCUCAAAUGUUGAGAAUACGAUGAGGGAGAAACUCAUGAAGACCAAUGGUAUUGUUAUGCCAUAUUACCAGGAUCUCUUCAUGGAAGAAGUGUUUGUAUGCGGUACGCUUGGCUUCCGGGAAUUCUUCCAGGUGUCUCUCUUGGAGCAGGUGAUAAGUUGGCAGAAGAUGCCAGGAUGUUAUGGUACGAUGCCGAGGCCAAUCUUGCCGAAUAUCAGUCAUGAUGAGCAGUACCAAUACGAGGAUGAGGAUGAUAUGAACAUGCAGCAGAAGAUCGCCGAUGUUUAUCAUCCGCCAAAGAAGCAGGAGAAUGUCAACCUUAAAAAACGUGACAGCCCAUAUGAACUUUUCAAACUUGCCCAUGCCCCAGUUGUCAAGGGUGAGGGCACACCGAAACCUGUAGCGGUCAUUCUAAACCAAAACAAUAUGAAAGUUGUCGAUGAUCAGUUAGUUCACGAUACAGGGUCACCGAUGAGAAAUAUGCAAAAGAACUCUAAUCUCCAUCCAGACGCGCAGCGUGCCCAGUUACAGAAACCACCACCACCUAAGUUGGCGAGUGAAAACAAAGACAAUGCUCCUGUAGGCCAAGUUGACAGACCUUUACCUUUACUUGGAAAAACUACUCAAAAUAAUAACAAUGUGAAGGCGGCCAAACAUUUCCCUGGGGAGAAGGUUGGGCUGAAUAGGAAUCUAAUCGAGUCUGAAGGGAAUGUUGAAUUGAGUCGUCACACGCGGUCUGAUUUGAAACAGGGCAAUCAUGGAGAAGAGGAGGGCAUCUACCAGGAGGGGGAGCAGGAGGGAGAGCAGGAGGAUGACGAUGACGAGGAGGAAGAUGACGAUGAUAUGGACCUAAGGGGUCAUAUUGACAUCGCCCGCAAGCUACUCUAUGAAAAGGCAUUAGCAGAGGGUUGUUUGAGUCACAAAACGGCUGUCGCUGCUGGAACACUGGCGGCUCAUCUCUAUCAUCUGGUCGAGGUGACUAACCUAUUUCAGGUGAUGGCACCAGGGGGCACUACUGCAAACAACCAGAGGAACAUGGCCAGUAGCAGCAAAACGCUCCAUCAGCUUCCGAAACAGCAUCAACAGGAUUUCAUAAAAGAUGGAGUACAUGUCAAAACCAAACAGGCUCCAGCACUGAGAAAAAAUGAACUUCGAAAAGGGAUAUCUGGUAGUGUUGAAAGAGGAAAAGUUAAAGCUGGUUCACACAAUCAAAAGGGGAAUAAAGCAAGACGUGGUGAUCAGGAUCAUGGCCAGGAUUAUGCUGAGGAAAAUGACGAUUAUCAGGGCUAUGCUAAUCAAGAUGAGGAAAGUCAGGAUCUCUACAAUGAUGAUCAGAACCAAGAAGCCAAGUUCUUAAUUGGCCAAAAAGCUCCUGUGAAAAAGCCGUUUUUAGACGCUGAGAUUGAGCAGAAUGAUGAGGAGCAGUAUGAUCGCUACUAUUAUGAUGCUGAUGAAGAUGGCAAGAAAAAGACAGCGGAUAAAAAUAAAGACAUUUUAAUUGUUGAGAAUGCCAAGCAAGAGCAAAAUUACAUAUCUCACAAAUCUCAUAAAGCCGUGGAACCUGUUAUAAACCCGAACAAUGUUCCCACGGCGCAUUUAUUUGUUUUUAGUUUAGUGACCUUGACAUUGUUGUAUUUCAUGUACAGAUUUAUUCGUAAACGUCGAUUAUUGAUCAGGUAUCCGUUUAGCGGGCGAUGAUAGGAUGUCAGCUAUUGUAGAAUUUCUGUCUAGAACUAGAUAACAAGCUUGUACUUGAUUAGGUUUCAGCCUUUUAGGGCUUUGCUCGGAUGUAUUGGAUGUGGCCAGUUGACAGGUACUUGGUGAGGGAUGGUAGUUUAACCCUUUCACUGUUGGUAACGUGCAUAGCAUGUCAUGUAACAUAUCCAUCAUGUGUGCAGAUGACAUGCAUAGUACAUCCUUGCCCUAUUAUCAUUAUAAUUCAUCAUCAGCCUCUCUUAAUAUACCAAACGCACUUGGGAAACAUUAGUUUGAUCUAAAUACUAUAGAUGGGGACACUUUUGAACAUUUUUUGCCUGCUCAGCAUUGAAAGGGCCCUGUUCACUGCCACACUCCUGCCUAAAAAUGGCUUCCCCAGCAAAAGGGUUAACUUUUAAAGAUUAAGAAUCGGUAUGGAGUGUCUUAGUUGUGGUAAGAUAAAUGUGCGGGACAUUUGCUUGGAGUACAUUAAACCUGGAGCAAAUAUUUUGAAUUGAAAAGCAUUAAAAUCUUCAUUUUCAAUUUCUAAAGUUCAGGUUUAUUGUUUUGCCUUGAUCAACGCGGCUAAAGUCAAACUGUUGGGUCUCAGUCAGAUCAGUUUAUAAGAACACACUGCCUCGGGAAAGAAUUUUUAAAAUGCAUUUGUUACUUAAAGGGGUACGCCGUUUGUAUUUAAUUGUAGAUCAGGAAAAAAGAAAUGCAGUUAUACACAAGGGCAAAGA